AUGUCCUUAAAAAAUUUUUCUAAUGAAGACUUGUAUUUAUAUGAACCACAUAUAUCACUAGGCGAAGGAUCGAAUUUAAUUUCAAAUAAAGAAUUAUUCUCAUCUGAUAAUGAAAGAAGAUCUUUAUCGCUAGAUGAAGGGCUUCAUUUGCCAUUAGAUAAAUCACCUAAUAUUUUACAUAUGUUUACUCAAAAUAAAAGAAAACUUAGUAAAUUACCUAAUAUUAAUACUAAAAAAAGGUCUAAGCUAAGGAAAAGUUGGCAACAAUGCCCAAGUACUUUUGAACUCUCAACCAGUACAACAAAUUUAGCAUCUCAUCUUCGAGCUGAUCAUAGAUUAGAUAAAAAUGGGCCUUUAUUACCUCUAAGUGGUAUUAAAAAAAUAACCCAACUACUAACUGUUCAAUUAGAUUCAUCUCAAUCUACUCUGCCAGAAUUAUUUAGUCAUAGAAUACCAUUGCCAAAAAAAAAACAAAACAGAAUUACCUCCCGAAUCUUAGCUUGGAUAAUUGAUGAUAUGCAACCCUUCAAUGUUUUAAAAAAUGACCAAUUUCAUGAUCUUUUAUAUGAAGCAAAGCCACAAUAUCAAUUUCUGGAUAGAGAUAUGUUUAAACAAAAAAUAUAUGAGGCAGGUUUAAGUGACAAAUAUGUAGCCGAUGUAACUGAUAAUGCCAGUUCAAUAGUAAAAGCAUUAAAAAAUAUUGAGAUUUUACAUGUAAAAUGUACAGCUCAUACUAUCCAACUUGGUAUUACAGAUGGUUUAAAACAGGCUACUGACUUAAUUGACUGUGCAAAAGCUCUAAAUUCAUUUGUUGCUGGGAAAGACAAAAUUAGAAAAAGACUACAAUUAAUACAAAUUGAAAUAUUUAAAGAAAAAAAUCAAUUACUUAACAAUAAAAAUAUUUCUGCUCUUGAUCCAAUAUCCAACGAUACCAUAACCAGAUGGAACUCAACCCAUUCAUUGUUAGAACAUCUACUUUAUCUUUACGAAGCUAUAAAAAAACUACAAAAAGAUCUUGCAAAAGAUAAAGAUAAAAAUAUUAGAAAAAAUGCUAAAGCAUUAGAAGAGUUGCUCUUUGAAGAAGAAGAUUUAUUAGGAAUUCAAGAGUUGGUUAAGUUGCUAGGUCCCUUUGCACAUGUUACAACCAUAAUGGGUGGUGAUCAAUAUCCUACCUUUUCAAUGAUGUUACCAUUAAUUAAAAUAUUACAAGAUCAUCUAUUUGAAAAUGAAGCGAUACUUAAACAUCUAAUUGUUCAUGAUGUAUGUAAUGAGAUAGAGCUUUCAUUUGGAAACCGUUGGGAUAAGCCUGGAGUUGAAGAUUAUAUCACUACUAUUCUCGACCCAAGAUUUAAGGACCUAAGCUUUGAGCCAGAAAAACUAGAACCAAUGAAAAAUGAAUUAAAACACAGGAUGGAGGCUGUAAAAAAUAUAAACUCAACAAUACCUUCAAUUGAAAAUAGAUUAUCUUCUUCUUUAUUAAAUUCAUUAUUUGAAAAAACUUUUCAAGAAGUUUGCCCUAUUGAAAACAAACUAAAGGUGUAUUUAGACAUGCCCCAGAUGAUAAAAUAUGACCCUUCUGAUCCUCUUUAUAAAAAACAUAACCCCUUAGUCUUUUGGCAAGAUAAUAAAUUAACACUUCCCUUAAUAGCACAACAAGCAUAA